AUGAUUUUCAACGUUAACACUCUCGAAUACACCAUCUGGAUUCCUGUAUACAAACUAAAUGACUAUAGUUACUACAAUUCCAACUUUUAUAAAUUUUUAUUAAUUAUCGAAUUGGUGCUCUCUAUAAUUGCCUUAAUCUUUACGAUAUCUUCUGUGUACAUUGUUACAAACACAAAAGCUUUUCAUUCGAAUUUAAACUCUUUGGUGGCUUCUGUAAUUUCUAGUUGGAUAUUAUGUUUGAUUGGAAGAAUUAUGCUAACUCCAUAUUUAAUUGGAAUGUGGAAGGUCGAAAAUCUGUCGAGUGAAGUUCAAUUCUGGUGGACGGAUGACGUGGCGGAGAUGCCUGAAAUUCAAACAAUCAGAAAAUAUUGGUGUAUGUUUCUUGGAGGGUUUUUGGUGUGGUAUUACAUGUUCAUUUUGAUCACUUGUUUCUUUAUUCUGGCAUUGGAGAGAACAUGUGCAAGUUAUUUUAUACAAAACUACGAGAAAACCACUCGCAGCUACAUCUUCAUCUUCCUUAUCCUGUUCCAACAUGGAAUGGUUUUAGUCAUGCUCUGGUUUUGUUUUUUCAAUCGAAUCGCCUUUUCUCUAUGCGUCUUGUUCACUUUCAGUUUGAACGCUUUUGCAGUUUUGCUUCUAUGGGCCAAUCGUCAGUACAAUCUAAUUUUAAUUAGAAGAUUUGAAAGAAACACAAAGAAAAGUAUAGAGAUGUACACUUUGCCAGCUAGAUUCCAAGCAAAGGAAAAUGUCAAGGCAUUCGAUCUGACAUUCCGAAUCCUCAUUGUUGGUCUCUUCCUUAUCUUCACAGCUCUCGUCUUUCUCGUUUUUCUCAACUACAAAUGGCUUCCAUCGUGUGGAACGUUUCUCCUGUUUUGCUUCGAAAACUUGGUUCACCUAAACCCCUUAAUCGUUUGCCCGGUUUUGAUUCUAUCAGUCAAUCCAUGGAGAAGACGUUUGUCUAAUUGGAGGAUAAUAAGGAGUGUCAGUUGUGUUACCACUCAAAAAGAACUAUUGAAAAAAGAAAUGGGACAACAGCAAGAGACAGAUUUCUAUUUCAAUCAACUCAACGCUUCUUGGGAGCAACAUAUCAAGUGA